AGGGAAACCGAUCCAAUUGCUACAAUCUCUUUCUUUCCGGCGAUGUCUGCUUUCAGCGUUUUCUAUGCAUUUGUGGACUAAAUUACCCCUCCGAAGAAAAAUGCUAUACCAAGUUUAUGUUGCAAUUGCAUUCUUCUCUGCUUUCACAACCCUUUCAACUCAUCAAUUGGACGUGGAACUUGGUUUUUCUAGGGUUUGGUUUCCAUGGAUCAAAUAAGCUCAAGCUAAGGAAGCUAGUAUUCCAGCAAGGGGGUGUCAUAAACUUGUGAUUUUUCUCAGUUUUGGCAGUUACUAAAAAUGAUUCUCAUAAAGCAGUACCGAUGCAUGCAUUCGGCUAGCUGUGAAUGCACAAAAGGGCAUUUGAGUGAAGAUGUGAUAUUCUUAGUAUUUCAUCAUUUGAAUUGGAAUCCCAAGCUAAUUGCUACUCUGUCAUGUGUGUGCAAAUGGUUUGAUGAUCUUGGCAAGCGAGUUCUAUGGAAAGAGUUUUGUCGAACAAGAGCUCCAAAAAUGAUGCUUGAUCUGCAAUCUAGCGGGAGUCACAGUGUUGAUGGGAACUGGAGUGCCCUAGGGAAGCUGCUUAUAUACUGUGCCGGAUGCAAGAAAGGUGGCUUGUUCAAUACAAAUCAAAUUCCUGGUCAUUUUGUUUAUCAGACUCGAUUUUCUAGAACAUCAGGAAGGAGCUUUCUUUUGCCGCAGUGUAGAACUGAUGUUUUGUAUGUAUCUGAUCCUUGUGAACAUCUUGACCAAUGUGAAGAAGGAGAUGUGGGAUUCUUCCGUGGACUUUUUAAGUCAUUUGCAACUUCAAAGGUUAGGAAGAUACUUAUUAAGAAAGGUGCCAAUCUCCAUCCAACAGAAGUUUGCCCUUACUGUAAAGCAAAGUUGUGGAGCAUGCUGCAAGCCAAAAUGAUCCCUCAAAGUGCCAGUUGCAGGCUGGGUUCCUAUGAAGAUUGUGUUGAGUAUUAUGUUUGCCUAAACGGUCACAUGCUUGGCGUCUGCACCCUAUUACCAUUGACUGAUUCAGAAGAAGCAUCUCAGUUGGCGUAAUCAAAAUGAUUCACUGGUAUUUUCUUGUAUCUGGAAAACCUUAACUUUCUCUCUUGUUUAUGUUUUCCUUUUUAUUUCAAUAUAAAAUGAAUUUUGAUGCUGGAAAUUUGUGUGUACAUAAAAGUAUAAUUUUGAUGUCACUUUCUAUAAUUCAGAGACUU